CCUUUCUUUGCGCCUGACAAGAUUAAUUCACCAUCAUUCUCUUCCUUCCCUCCUCCUUCCUUACCUUUCAUCUUUUGUGUCUUUGAUGACAUAUUGAUUUAAAAUAUGUUACGACAAGCUGCAAGGAAGGGAGUUACGGAACUCGCCCAAUAUCCAAAACCGGGAGAAAAGCUUCAUGGAUUUACACUUUUAAGGUCAAAGCAUGUUCAAGAACUUGAGUUGACAGCACUUCAUUUGAAGCAUGAUAAAACUGGCGCAGAUUAUUUACAUGUUGCUAGAGAAGAUAAGAAUAAUGUCUUCUCCAUCGGAUUUAAAACAAAUCCUCCAGAUGAUACUGGAGUUCCUCAUAUAUUGGAACAUACAACAUUAUGUGGAAGCAAAAAGUAAAUUGCCUUCCUUCAUUCACCUCACCUUGGAAUGCGCUGAAUAGUCUGUAGGUACCCCAUCCGUGAUCCUUUUUUCAAAAUGCUACCCCGAACAUUGUCAAACUUCAUGAAUGCAUUCACCGCGUCUUCUCACACAUUUUAUCCUUUCGCCACCACUAAUGAACAAGAUUUUAAAAAUCUGAUGUCUGUUUACCUUGAUGCCACAUUACACCCAUUGUUAAAGCAGAGCGACUUCACACAAGAAGGAUGGAGAAUAGGGCCCGAGAACCCACGAGUGGCAAUAGAGGGGGAGUCUGCAAAACCAGACGACAGCAAAUUGGUGUUUAAAGGUGUCGUAUACAAUGAAAUGAAGGGGCAAAUGUCGGACGCUGGAUAUCUGUACUACAUCAGGUUUCAAGAUCACAUUUUUCCUGCAAUCAACAAUUCUGGAGGCGAUCCGCAAAAGAUGACCGACUUGACAUAUGAGCAACUGAAAAACUUCCAUGCCGAGCAUUACCAUCCAAGUAACGCUAAAGUUUUUACUUACGGCGAUAUGCCUCUUGCGGAUCAUCUUGUAGAGGUUAAUGCUCAAUUGAAUGCUUUUGAGCGCAUCCAGGGAGAUAUGGAAAUACGAUCACCCAUCGAUUUAUCAUCUGGACCGCAGAGUAUUACGGUUCCGGGGCCCAUUGAUCCACUGGUGGAUGCAGAUAUGCAAUAUAAGACCUCAACUUCAUGGCUGGUAGGUGAUACUUCGGAUGUAUUAGAGACUUUCUCACUUUCGAUAAUGUUUGCCCUGCUUAUGGAUGGAUAUGGAUCACCGCUCUAUAGAAACUUGAUCGAGGCUGGUUUGGGAACUGAAUGGAGCCCUAAUAGUGGCUAUGAUCCUUCUGGAAAAGUCGGAAUAUUCUCCGCUGGACUAACGGGCGUGAAAGAAGCUGAGGUACCGAAAGUCAAGGAAGCGAUCCACAAAACUUUCCAAGAAGCACACAAGAAUGGGUUUGAGAAAUCGAAAAUUGACGGUUACCUACAUCAAUUGGAGUUGAGCUUGAAGCAUAAAACUGCCAAGUUUGGCAUGUCUUUGAUGCAUAGAAUUAAACCUAAAUGGUUUGAUGGUGUUGAUCCUUUUGAAGCCUUAGCCUGGAAUGACACCGUCGCCGCCUUUCAGAAGGAAUUCGAGAAGGGUGGCUAUUUGGAAGGUUUGUUGGAAAAGUACUUACUAAAUGACAACACGCUCACCUUCACAAUGACUCCUUCGACAACAUAUGGAGAUGAGCUUGUAGCUGAAGAAGCUGCUCGUCUUGCGAAGAAGAUUGCAGAGGUUACAGAGAAGGCUGGUGGUGAGGCCGAAGCUCGGGCACUGCUAGAGAAGAGAGAAUUGGAGCUUUUGGAGGAACAAGGAAAAUCCAACACCCAAGAUCUCAGUUGUCUUCCUACCGUUCAUGUCAAGGAUAUCCCAAGACAAGACGAGAAAAUAGAAUUAAGGGAUUCUAAGGUCGACAACGUGAGCGUACAGUGGCGAGAAGCACCAACCAAUGGACUUACGUACUUCCGAGCGAUCAACACUUUUGAGAAUCUACCCGAGGAGUUACGGGCCUACAUUCCAUUAUUCACAGAUUCCAUAAUGCGCCUUGGAACAAAAGACAUGACUAUGGAGCAAUUGGAAGACUUGAUGAAGCUCAAGACUGGAGGAAUCGGUGUUAGUUAUCAUGCUUCCUCAUCUCCUACAGAUUUCAAGUCAGCAUCAGAGGGCUUGAGCUUCUCCGGGACUGCCCUGGAUCGUAAUGUGCCUGACAUGUUUGGAUUAUUGCGAAAGCUAGUUCUUGAAACCAAUUUUGAUAGCCCCGAUGCAGAACUUCGCAUUCGCCAACUUCUGCAGGGUUCAGCCGAUGGGGCAGUUAACAAUAUCGCAUCAUCGGGGCACGUAUAUGCCAGAGGUUAUGCUGAAGCCGGUGUCACACAAUAUGGGCGAUUGAAAGAACAAGUGGGGGGAUUAUCCCAGGUCAAGCUCACCACCUCACUUGCUUCUAGACCGGAAGCCGAAGGAUUGGCGGAUGUCAUCGACAAGCUCAAGACAAUCCAGCGACUCGCGUUCUCUGGGACUUCCACGUUCCGGACUGCCCUCACAUGUGGUAGUGAAAGUGUCAUGGAUAAUGAAGCCGCUCUCCAACAAUUUUUAUCGUCAAUUCCAAGAUCUGAGUUACCUUCUCGACAUGUUCCUCUCCCAGAUUUCACCAGAAACACCAAAACCUUUUUCCCUCUGCCGUAUCAAGUAUACUAUGGGGGCCUUGCUCUCCCAACUGUCUCUUACACGUCUCCCGCUGGUGCCCCUCUUCAAAUCCUUUCCCAACUCUUGACUCAUAAGUAUUUGCACCAUGAGAUCCGAGAAAAGGGUGGAGCUUAUGGCGGGGGAGCUUACUCGAGAGGGCUUGACGGAAUUUUUGGAUUUUACUCCUAUCGCGAUCCAAAUCCUCAAAAUACGAUGUCAAUCAUGCGCAACGCUGGUAAAUGGGCAGUUCAAAAAGAAUGGACGGAACGCGACCUGGAAGAAGCCAAAUUGUCUGUAUUUCAGAGCGUUGAUGCACCUCAGUCCGUCAGUCAAGAGGGCAUGACAAGAUUUGUAUCCGGUGUAUCAGAAGAGAUGGUUCAGGAGCGACGUGAGCGUUUGUUGGACGUGACUAGAGAGCAAGUCCAAAAUGUCGCGCAGAAAUACCUGGUUGAUGCAUUGGAAAGCGGCCAAGGCAAUAUGGUUUUCCUUGGAGAACAAAAGCCUUGGGUCGAUGGAACUUGGGAAACAAAGAAUCUGGGGCUCGCACAAGAACAACCUGAGGUUCUAAGCGAAGAAGAUGUGAAGAAUGCCGCUUUCGGAUCAUAGUACAUGCAGUUCUGUAACACACCGUAUUCCACUCAGCUGCAUAUUUUGGGCGUUUGGGGCUGUACAAUAUUAAUGAUUGAAGGGGUAUGUAUUAUAGGUAAAGAUAAAGAUCACUGGUGUCUAGACAGGCAUAUGGUAGCAUAUAAUGAGCAAUGGCAUAUCACCUUUCGAACGUCAUGACUCCU